AUGAAAGACACCUUGCCACUGCUAGUGGGACGCGAUGUAUCCGAACCCGCCAACCCGAUUUACCAGGAGUGGCAGCGUGUUAACCGGAAGCGGGGUAGGCGAAACCAAGACUCGCUCAAGUGGUCCGACUUUAAGCGACAGAAGAAGGAGCGGGCUAGCAUUCAAGCGAUUGAGUUGAGUGACUAG